GCUGCGUGCCGAGACAGGGGACAGUGCAGUCUCAUCACAGUUUUAGAGUAACACAUCAGGAGAAACAACACUGAAACACAGAUCUAUGCAAUUUAGACUAACGUUUUUGAAAAUAAACAUUAACAAAAAUGUUGAAAAGCUGCGGUAAGAAAUGUGCAGCGUCCAUAGUUGCGGGAGUCGCAUUUACCUUUCUUGUGGUGCUCCUGGUAGCUGCGCAGCACCAAAGAAUCCAGGUAGAUGAGAGGCCGAAUGGGAGAGAUGUCGGGAUGCGCUCACUGCAGAGCCUGGAGAACCUGAGCACAAGUAAAGACGCGCCGGCGGACCAAAGUCAGUCUAAGGACAAUUCGCGGUUAGGCCAAGUGAAAGGAUUCUCCGCGUAUUUCACUAAGUUAACUCGAGGCAGGAGAGAAGUGGAGAAGCCCGAAUCGCAAGCCAAGGCAGCGACUGAGGCGCCCCCCGCAGAAGACAUCAAUCCGAAUGAUAUCUUCAUCGCAGUCAAGACUACCAAGAAGUUUCAUCAGUCCCGACUGGAUCUUCUCCUUGAUACCUGGAUCUCAAGAAACAUGCAACAGACAUAUAUCUUCACUGACGGAGAAGAUGAAGAGUUGAAGAAGAAGAUUGGGAGCCACGCCAUCAACACAAACUGCUCUGCAGCCCAUAGUCGCCAGGCCCUCUCCUGCAAGAUGGCAGUGGAGUAUGACAAGUUCAUUGAGUCAGGCAAAAAGUGGUUCUGCCAUGUGGACGAUGAUAACUAUGUGAACAUGCGGACCCUGGUGAAGCUGCUGUCCCACUACCCUCACACUCAGGAUGUCUACAUUGGCAAGCCCAGCCUGGACCGACCCAUUGAGGCCACCGAGAGACUUGGGGACAACAAGAUGAGGCCUGUCAAUUUCUGGUUUGCUACCGGGGGAGCUGGUUUCUGUGUGAGCCGAGGACUGGCUCUGAAGAUGAGCCCAUGGGCGAGUGGUGGCCACUUCAUGAACACCGCAGAGAAGAUCCGGCUGCCAGAUGACUGUACCAUCGGCUACAUCAUCGAAUCGGUCCUGGGGGUCAAGCUGAUCCGCAGCAACCUGUUCCACUCGCACCUGGAGAACCUGCAACAGGUGCCCAAGUCUGAGCUGCACAAACAGGUUACACUGAGCUAUGGAAUGUUUGAGAACAAGAGGAAUAUCAUUAAUGUGAAGGGGGCUUUCACAGUGGAGGAGGACCCGUCCAGGUUCAAGUCUGUGCACUGUUUGCUGUACCCAGACACCCCCUGGUGCCCUUCCCACGUUGCCUAUUAACGGCGACGGCCUCCUUUCUUGGUAUCCUCGUCCCCGUAUGGCCUCGGUAUCUGAUAGGCCAGUGGGACCCGUGUCGUAUUGGGCCGCGAGGCCGCUGUGUUUUUGCCGCAGUGGUGCGUGGCCUCUGUAAGUUUUAUUGGGCUGCUGUGCGGCCCCCAGUUUGGUUAUGGACUUUUCCCUCCCUGCCGCCCAGGCUUCCUUCUCCAGUGCUUCAGAGAGGGCGGGAGACAAGGGUGUAGCGGCUGAGGGAAAGGGGCUCCCAGCAUCACGAUGUACAGGCAAUCGAAUGUGCUUCCCGCGUUGUAAAUUUUGCUUGUGUUAUUUGCAAUUCUCAUAGAAUGUACCUUUAUAUUCCCAAUGCCUUUUUGCCAGCCUCUGCCUGCUUUUUAUGCCUCUGUUUGCUUUAUCACCGGUAUUAUUCUUACUGUUGUUACCUUCCUUUCUAUACAUUCCAUAAUCAGAGUCUCGGAAGCUGUUUAAUAUAAUUCAGAGGACUCUGUAGCAAUUAUCAAAGAUUAUGUAAAGUAUGAUCAUGAGAAAAACAGGGAAACAUGAAAUAAUUUUUAAAGUAAUUUCUAAAAUUUGUUUUGUUAUUUCAGUAGACUCCGGACAGAAACAGUGAGAUGAAGUUUUUUAUUUGCAAUAUUUCAGUAUUAUGAUUUAUGAUUUGGGCUGGCAGUAGCGAGUUUCCUGGAUGUACACUCAGGUGUUUUCGUCUGAGGUAUGCCUCGGUAGAGCACUUUUUCCCCCUAGUGAAUGUUUUGGCCUGCUAUUAUUAAAAUUUGUGCUAAUACUGAAGGAAGAAGUGUCCCAGAAAUUAACCAUUUCUAUAGACUUCUAUUGUUAUAUUUAAUGCAAUUUAUUGCAAUUUAAACAAUCUUGAAAAAAAUAAUAUAUUAGCAAUUUUUCAAAAAUUAAUUCUACAAUCAUCUUGUGUAUUUCAUAAAGAUGUAGUAAAAAUGAUAAUUGCACAGCUUCCUUGAAAACAAAAAAAAACUGUUGUUUGCUCUUGUAAAGCCUCAGAUGCAUAGAGAUGUGACAUUAUCUUUAUUCCUGAAACAAUGUUAAAACGCAACUGUGUACACCUCCACCAACUAAUGUGAGAUCUUUUCAUAUCUCUUUGCAAAAAGCCUCAAGACCCAUAUGUAUCAAAAGUUGUGUACAAAAGAUCAGCGUUUUGAAUCAAUGGCAGCUAAAUGUGUAAAGACCUUUUCCUUUAAAAUGUCACAGUGUUUUUUCAUUUUUCCAAAUAUGCUCAUUGAUUUGUUCAAAUGACUACCCCUUCAGGGUGUUAGUCACUUGCUUUUUGUAAUGUUACUUUUGAGGCUGUAUGUGUGUGGUGCUAAGUGAGAGUUUUACAAGAGCAUCGCCAGUCUUCCACAUAUACACAGAGGUUCACUCUGUGACAAUGACCCACAGUGGGUGCGCCUGUAUAUUCUUAUUUGAAGCAGUAUUUCUUUACUGUGGCUUUUGUUUUUCCAAGUGACUGUAUUUG